AUGGAUGAGACUGUAAUAAACUUUGAGAGAAAUGCAGUCCAAUCCGCGCAAAACUACCCCAAUGUAAAAAUUGAAGGGAUAGUGGGCAUGGGAGGAAGUGGAAAAACCACAUUGGCGAAAGAUUUAUUCAAUAGGAAAUGCUCAUUUUUUGAAAGAAGCAACUUUAUUUUUUAUGUCCAGUCAGCAGCCCAAAAAGAUUUGCACAAGAAGCAGAUAAAACUUCUCCAGGACCUUGGUGUCUCUUAUUCGACAUUCGACAAUGUAGAGGAUGGGAAAAGAAUUUUGUCAAAUUCUUUGAGAUAUGUUCGUGCUUUCAUUAUUUUAGAUGAUGUAGAUCACAUAGACCAACUAGAUGCUCUACUACCAAAUCUCAACAACCUUCGAUCUAAUAGUCUUGUGAUUGUCACAACUAGGGAUUCAAGAGUCCUUACCUCAUGGGAUAUCUAUUCCAUAUAUAAAAUGCCUGGAUUGAAUGACUUGCAAGCAAUCGAGAUUUUUUGUAAGCACGCAUUCAUGCAACCCUUUCCACUCUCUGGAUAUGAAAUUUUAGCUGAAGGUUUCUUAAAAGCUUGCAAUGGAUUGCCCUGUCUCUUAAGCUUCGAUGCAUUGGACAAGGAAGAGCAAGAGAUGUUCCUAGAUGCGGCUUGUUUUCUUAUUGGAGAAGAGAAAAGUGUGGCCAUUGCAGUUUGGGAUGGAUCUGGUUGGACUGGUGUGCAUGGUUUGGAAUCACUUGUGAAUAAGUGUCUUGUGGAGCUGGAAAGAACACCGGUCAGGGGUAUAAGUUCCGAAACUUUGAAUUCCCAAAUUGUUUUGAAGACGUCCGUGGGAACCUCGAGGAGAGGGUUUAAACAGCUUGGAUUUUCCCUUAACUCAGAGAUUCUUCUUGUUAGUGGAAAUGAACUUACAAAAGGAAUUCUCUCAUCAUCAGAAGACCUCCUGUGGCUUCGUUGGAAAAGUUUUCCUCACAGGAGUCUUCCUUCAUGGCUUCCAUUGACAAGUUUAACUGUAUUACAGAUUUCUUCCACAGAGUUAGUAGAGCUGUGGGGAGCUAGGGUGGAGCCUCCGUUAAAGUUGAUAGAGCUGAAAACUACUUCAAGCAGUAGGCUGCAAAAGUUUCCCCCUUCAAUAGGGCGUCUUAAGCAUUUUAAAAAAAUAACAUUCCGCAAUGGCCAGUUUGAAAGCUUUCAUUUCAGAAGUCUGCCAGAAGAGCUUUGUGAUCUCCAAUCUCUGGAGCACCUGGAAUUAGAUUUUUUUGAUCACCUAUCUUCACUACCGGUUCGCUUUGGAGAGCUGACAAAUCUGCGUUACAUAAAGUUGAAUUAUUGCGCAGAGUUGAAGGAACUGCCAGUUUCUUUUAAGCAUCUGAUACAUUUGGAAUUUCUGGGUUUAUCAUUUUGCAAGAAGCUCAAGCUUAGGUCAGACAUGCUGGAAAACAUAACAAAGCUGGAAAUUUUAGACCUCUAUUCUUGCGAGGAAGUACAAGAGUUGCCUUCACAAAUUACAAAUCAGGUGUCUUUGAAAACACUCAAUACAGAUAAAACCAGCUCAAGAGAGUUGCCUUUUGGAGCAGGGGAUUUUGCACUUCACAAACUGGAAUUUAUAGACUUGUCUGAGACAGGUUUGUCCGAAAUAUCCAUAUCUCAAGAUCGUUGUCCCAACCUUAAGGAUCUGCCUAUAUCUGGGAAUACCCAAUUGAUGGAAAUCAAAAGCUUGCCGAAAUCAAUUAACUACCUAUUAUUGUUGGACUGUGAAGUGCUGAAGAACACUAGGUGUAUUGGAGGUGUGGUAAACCUUCGUCAACUUUAUAUAUCUGCCUGUGGGGAGUUAGAUGAGCUCCCAAAUUUUACACUUCUGACUCUCCUGAAUGAAUUUACAAUGAUCAAGUGCCUCAAAGUUUCCAGAGUAGAAGGUUUGAAACAUUGCACAUCAUUGGAGAAGUUAGAAAUAGAAACCAGUUGGAAGUUGCCAGGAAUACAGAGUUUGGAGAAGAUAGAUAGAUUGAAAGAAUUGAGUAUAAAAUGUCACAACAUGUCAGCCUUAAAGCCUUCUGUUCGGUCUAUUAAGGAAUGUCCAUGCCGGAUAGAGUUAGAAGGGAGGGUGUUUGGUUUUGUCCAAGACUAUUUGGAGUUUCCCGAGCUGAGUGUAAAGCAACGGAAGGAGGUGUUUGAUCCCAACAAGGAAUUAUUUUACUCUCCGAAUUUCUUGUGUUAUAUGGAGCGGGAUUAUAUUGAAGAUGAAAGUUAUUCUGAGAAAAGGAAAUACAUACAUAUAGCGGUGUUCAGGCAAGCUCCAGAUGAUGAGGUCGCUAGCUAUUUCCAAUCGAGAUCUCAACAGUAUCUAUGUUCUUCUGAUAGCAGGGCAAUUGUACUGGCAGGCGAAGAAGCAAAAGUUGUUGAGGCCUUCUACAAAAUAUUUGCACUCCUGGAAUAA